AUGGACUUGAAUAAUGCAAAUGUAAAGUCAACCUCCACCCGCUCCGAUGGAAGGUAUGAGAGGUUUCUUGCCAAGGCGGAGGGUUAUCUACAUAAGUAUCAAGCCUCCCACUCAUCCCCGGCCUCAGAUGCGCCGGUUGUAAUAAAUGGUGAUAAUGGUAAUAAUGGAACUCGUCAUUUAGAGUUUUUCAAAAAGGCUCAAGGUUAUUUAAACAAAAAAGACAAGGAAGAUAAAAAGGAUAAGAAGGAUAAAAAGAAUAAGAAAGAUGAAAAAGAUGGUGGUGAUCAUUAUGAGAAUUUGAGUAGCGAAAAUGAAGGUCAACAUGAUCAUAAAGAGCAUCUAAAGUUGGCUCAAGCCAUGUUGAAGAAAAUUAAAAAACAUAAAGAAAAACAUGGAAGACAAAAUGAGGAAGAACAAGUUGAAGAGGAAGGCGAAAUCGAAGAAGAAGAAGAAGAGGUAGAGGAAGAAGAAGAGGGUCAUUGGUUUACAGAAUUAAUGGAGGGGGUUAAAGAAUUUGUUGAAGGAUUAAAUGAAGAAUGA